CAAAAAAGAAGCAUGCUGUUCCAGAUCUGGGGGCAGUCGGAAUCGGAAGUGGAUUGAAGGAAGAUUAGACAGCUGGCUGCAGUAUAAAGCGCCGCCGAGACCUUGAUCGUGCGACUUCUUUCCUUUUCCGCUGUUUCGAAUUGUUGCUACUCACGCACGCACUUGACCGCCAGCAAUGUCCACUCGGCAUAGGGAAUCACACAGGGAUUCGCAUAGGGAGCCGCGCGAGCCCGCUCACCACCACCUCUCCUCCCAUCCCUCCCACAACUCACACCCCCCUCCCCUACCCCACUCCUCACACUCCCAGUCCCAUGUUCCCCACCACCCGCACCCCAACGGCUCGUCUUCUUCCCACAUCUCAGCCAUUGUGUCGCCCAUCCAGGGCGGCCCUCCGCCCCCUCUGACGAAUGGGAGCGCCAAUGGCGUCUCCAACGGAGUUUCUGCUACUGCAGGCCCCGGCCCAUCGUCCGCGAUACACAAGCUCGCGGCAGCAAACGAGCAGACGUGGUUGUUGAUUGGUCGGGUAGCCGAACAGAUGAACGAUUUGGAUCAUGCAUUGUCGGCGUACGAAAAUGCGCUGCGACACAACCCCUUGAGUCUCGCUGGGUUGACGCAAGUAGCGGGCAUCGCGCGGAGUAAGGAGAACUACCCUAAGGCGAUCGACUACUUCCAGCGUGUACUGCAGUUGCAGGAAGACAACGGGGAGGUUUGGAGUGCCUUGGGACAUUGUUACCUCAUGCAAGACGACCUUCCGAAAGCAUACUCGGCAUACCAGCAGGCCCUAUAUCUGCUUCCGAAUCCCAAGGAGGACCCGAAGCUGUGGUACGGCAUCGGCAUCCUGUAUGACCGGUAUGGCUCGCUGGAUCAUGCCGAGGAGGCGUUCUCGUCGGUCCUGCGCAUGGACAAAGACUUAGACUUUGACAAGGCGAACGAGAUACUGUUCCGUCUGGGAAUUAUCUACAAGCAGCAGAGCAAGUUCGACGAUUCCUUGCAGUGUUUCGACCGGAUUCUGCGGAAUCCGCCGAGUCCGCUGGCGCAUGCGGAUAUUUGGUUCCAGAUUGGUCAUGUGUAUGAACAACAGAAAGACCACGCGAGCGCAAGAGAUGCUUAUGAACGGGUUGUUACUGACAAUCCGACACACGCCAAAGUUCUGCAGCAGCUGGGAUGGCUGUAUCACCAAGACGGAUCCACGUUCCAGAACCAGGACUUGGCAAUACAGUACCUGACGAAGAGUUUGGAGGCCGAUCCUUCCGAUGCGCAAUCUUGGUACCUGCUUGGCCGGGCCUACAUGGCUGGCCAAAAGUAUAACAAAGCCUAUGAGGCGUACCAGCAAGCCGUAUACCGAGAUGGGCGCAACCCAACAUUCUGGUGUUCCAUCGGCGUGCUAUACUUCCAGAUCAAUCAGUACCGCGACGCCUUGGACGCUUAUUCUCGUGCGAUCAGGAUCAAUCCGUAUAUCUCGGAGGUGUGGUUUGACUUGGGAUCGUUGUAUGAGAGCUGUAACAACCAAAUCUCGGACGCGAUCGAUGCGUAUGCGCGGGCGAGCGAGCUGGAUCCGGGCAACAAGGUGAUCGAAGGCCGGCUGGCAUUGCUGAAGACUGCACAAGCGAACGGUGGCGCGAGCAGUCUCGGUGCGGCGCCUGGGCCACAGGAUGUACAUCCGACGGCCUACGCGAGUGCGGUUGUUCCCCCGACGACCCUGAAUCUCAAUCUUCCGCUCGGGCGACCAUCGGGCAUCAACAACGAGAUCUCGCUUCCACCGCCGACACAGCGCGGCGGGUCGCCUACCGCCGGGCCGUUCCGAGGCGGGCCUCCUCCACCCCUGAUUCUGGAUGACAGUCGCCAUCAGCCUGUGCCGGGCCAGACGGUACUGGCGCCUAUGGAUGUUGACCGCCCUGUCGAUCGACGGGAGAGGGGUUUGGGGCAUCAGAGUCUGCUGUUGCACCAUCCUGUUCCGGCUGCAGCCGAGGAGCGGCAUUUCGCUCGCCACCGCGCGGUCUCUGCCUCAAUGUCGCCCCCUCCCCAUCCAGCACUCCUUUCUUCUCGGCGUGCUACUUCACCUGGUUUCCCCAGGGAACCACGCGAGAGGGAGCCGCGCGAGAGAGAGCCGCGCGAGCGCCGGCCAUCACCGCGCGCCGAAGAUUGGGAGAGGCGCGGAGAGGAUAGACGCGGCGAUUGGGAGCGCGAGAGAAGGUACCGAGAGCCGUAUGCUGUACGGGAGAACCCGGCCAGUCCCCGCUAUGCCGUGAAGCAGCGGUACGACCCGCGCUGGGACGCUCAGCCACCGCCACCCUCGUCCUCGGCAUCGUCGGCGACGACGACAGCGACGACGACGACGCCCACGCCGACCAACAGCACGUUCUACGACGAUGACAAGAGGAGGCGAGGCAUGAAGGAGGAGCCGUUGCCUGCUGUUGUUCCUCCACCAGAACCGAAGCGGAAGCGCAGCAGCCACAUACAGACGCAGCACAAAAACAUCCCCACUCACAGCCCAGCCGGCUCAUCAUCUGGGCGCUCGUCUGUUGGCGGACCUCCAAGACGAGUCGUCGACGACGACUACGACGAACCGGGCGUUGCCGAUGCGUUGAUGGGUCUGGCUAAUCUGAAGCGUCCGCUGAGCCCAGCGCCUGCUGACGAUGUGAGCAAGCGCAGCCGCAUCGAGUCCACUUCCUCGUCGUCCUCGUCCGCGUCCCAGCACAGACAGACGCCCGUUCCGUCUACUCGUCCGUCGCCCAUCCCGUUCCGCACGCAGGGCAUGUCUGUGUCGCGAUCUCCGCCAGAAAACACCCAAAACCACGCACCGGCGAGCCCGCCGCUUCCAGCUGUGUUCCCGCCGCACCCGAGGCCUGUGGGCAACAACGGGAUGGGAUUGAACCUUCCGCCUAUCACAACUCUCAGUCCAGAGCCCACCGGUGACGAGAAGAUGCAGGUCGAUUCGAGGAGUGUCAGUCCGCCGACUACCACCACGGCUGCGAUGCAGGACUAGUGUGAUUUUUUUGGACUGUGUGUCGUAUAUUAUUCCAGUACUUACUUACGACUCGAUACGAUUGCCACGCAAAGCCCACAGUGUACAAUAUAUUCAUAGUGUUUUUAUCACAUGACGAGACAAGGUCACUGUGACACAACGCGUGUGGAAAGCCUCUUGCGCCUUGUGCUCGUUCUAUCACUGACUGCUCCCACGAUCGUUCUCUCUUUUUCUGCGAUUUCAGCCCGCUCAGUUGUACAUAUACCCGACCCUGCAUCGACUCAAGUAAACAACGCACCCGUCCCCGCCCUGGACGACCCAUUCCAUUCCACGCCUCUCCCACUCGCGUCACGACAUCCUUCCGGUUUUGUUAUACCCAAAAUCCAGAUCAGUAUGACCACGUCCGCUGUCUCGACGCCGAAGCGCUCCGUGUCGGGCUCCGCAUCCCAUUCAGUCGUGGGUAAAGGCACGCCCCGCUCCGUUUCCGCGCAGAGGACGCCCCGGCGGGUCACCAGUGCGCCGCUGCCUGCACACACCACGCCGCCGUCCUUCGCGCUUCAAGAGGCACUCGAGGAGGGGGACGAACGGGACGCGUUUGGUUCGAACGGCGCUGCGCUCGUGAUGACAGGCGGCACGAGUGAUGUGUUUUGGGACGACGAUGGGCGGACGAGCGUCGGUGGCGAGGAGGGCGAGGUCGACGAGGAGUUCGACGAAGCGCUCGCGGGCCUUCGCACCCUUCACACCCGUAAAUGCAUGCACUUCAAAAGACUGCUCGAGCGCGCGCACGCGUCAUCCGCGGCGCAGCUACACGCCCUGCAGGCCGAGAUCCAGAUGCUUCGCGCACGGCCUGUAGGAACCGCUACCGACACGGGCGAUGGGGCGAUGGAGUGCAUAUGCAGACGCAAGGGGGGGUACUGGGAUGGCUACCUCCCGCCUGACGUGGACCGGCUCGACUCGUCGCUCUCUUCGGACCCCUCCAUCAGCGCGCUCCAGUCGCAGAUCCACAGGAUGUCCCGCGCGUCGCGCUCGCGGCUGAUGCGGACCCUCCUGGACGUGUCCCUCCCCGGCGACAUCCCGCUGCAGAUCCUCAUGCUGCAGAAGUACCAGACGAAGGCGCGCGAUAUCGUCGGCGCGCUCGCCCCGCCGCUCGCCCUGCGCGUGCUACUGCACGUGCCCGUGCCGCACCUCCUGCGUGUGUGCGCCGUGGUGAACCGCCGCUGGGCGAACCUGACGCGCCUGCCGGCACUGUGGCGCGCGCACUGCCUUGCGAUCACGCGCGGCGAUCCAGCGCCGCCGACGCCUCCCGCGGAUCCAAGCGGGUGGCUGCCGCUGUACCGGGCCCUGGCGCGGCGGGAGGGCAACUGGCGCUCAGGUACACCGCAGGGGAUGAAGUUCUUGAACGGUCAUACGACGUUCGUGACGGUGUUGAUACUCCGGGGGACGCGGCUGAUUAGUGGGAGCUACGACGGGACCAUCCGGUUCUGGGAUCUGGCGAAAAGUAAGGGGGAGAUGGUGCGGUGCCUGGAGGUCGGGAAGCCCGUCAGCUGUGUGGAUUAUCUCGCUGGGGAGGAGGUAUUUGUUGUUGGAUUCCACGACGUUGGGCGCGUGCACUUAUUUUCUGCGAUUACGUACACGCCUCUACAGCAGCUCGCAGGCCAUCUUAAUGGCAUUCGUGCGGUGGCCAUGAGCUCGAAGAACUUGGUUAGUGCCGGAGCCGACAAGGCACUGGUGUGUUGGGACUGGCGAGCAGGGAGCAAGAUUGUGCGGUUUGGACAACAAACGACGAUCAAUGUGGGUGUACAGAUCGUUCAAGGCGCCGAUCGCUCCGAGGGCGAACGAGUGGUGAGCGUUACGAUCGAUGGGGUAGUACGCGUGUUCUCCAUACGUGGGUCUCGUUACCGUGAACUUGCGCAUGGACUUGACCAGAGUCUAGAUCGCCGGGAGAUGAUCUCCCAAUUCCGACUUGCAGAGCUUGGCGGCGGAGAUCCGGUGCUCAUGUCGAAGCUUUUCCAUGUUGGCAGGGCACCGGACAACAUGUUGCAGUGGUUUGCUGCCAAGGGGAGCAAGAUGACUUGCGCCACUAAAUCGGUGAUUCUCCAUCUCCAGUGGCAGGAAGGCGAGGGUGAAGAUGUUCCCGAAUCUGCUCCUCCGGCUCAGAGCAUCGAGAAGGAAGCCGAGAAGCCUCCCAUGGCAAGAAGCCGGACCAUUUCAGCGCGCAGCAGCGUUUCGGGGAAAUCACCCAAGGGACAGUCUCCACGGCCGAUCAAUUCGAUCGCCUCUCCGACUACGAAGCGGCCGUCGCUGUUACCUCAAACCCCGAGUCAACGCAAGCGACUGAGCACGCUGGCCAGUCCGGGCGCAGGCGACUUCUCGAUCAACGAGCUGUCGACCGGGAGCGUGCGAUCGUCGUCCAUGUCUACCUCAGUCUCGGGUCGAGGCCCGCGGGCGACGCCAACGCCGUCAGCAGCGCGGCCGGGUGUACCUCAGCGGCGAGGUUCGCUGAUCCCGCCACCUGCGGAGAGAAGGCUAAGUGCGAGUGUGAGCACGAUGAGCACCGGCGGCCGAUCCAGCACAGGCGGUGUGCCUAAGCUGAGCCUCAGUAUGACCGCGGCUACGAAGAACGGCGCCAACCGGCUUAGUCUGGCCGCGACGCCCACGUCCGCCACCGGGAGCGGAAUCUCGACGCGGACGGGGACGCCGGUUUCUGCCUCGGGCCGGUCUGUGUCGUCUGCGACUACGAACACGCCGACUGCGCUCGACCCGGUGUUCUUCCCUGUGCGAUUUGGGCGUGCUGCGAUCUUGACUGCGCCGCCAAAGAUCGUGGGGAUCGUCGAGACGCCGACGGAUGUUGCCGUCGGUGCAGUGGAUCCGCGGAAGCGGAGAGUCGUCACUGCGACGCGGUUCAGCUCGCGAGUCGGUGCUGUUCGCAAGAUCUUUGUGACGACGCAUGAGGAGACGAAGGAACCCACGACGGAGGUGGAGAUCGAUCUGGCUGCGACGCCCUUGAGCGGGAUCUGGGGCGCGCUGGCUGUGCCGCCGUAUUCUGACUCGCGGGGGCUAAAGGGACAACUGCCCAAUAAGUUUGCGGGCAUGGCCACGCCGGAGAAGAAUCCCAUGGCGAUGGCGAUGUCGCAUGAGGAGGUCGUCGUUGGCUGCGCGGACGGGUGCAUCUAUGUGAUGAAUUUCUCGGGGUACGAUUAUGACAAGGACGAGGUGCUCGAGGACGGGGCUCCGGGAACCCCGCAGCCGGUGUUGGAGGGGAAUCCCGAUGCGGGGUUCGACGAGGAUAUACUGGCUGGGAGGGUGCAAUGAACAUGUAUUUAGCUCGGAUAUCGUAUCGUAUCGUAUAUUUAGUAAACAUGAACUUGGCGUUGGCGCGCUCUUUCUUUCUCUC